GUCAGUUGGUAAUAACUUAAUGCUUCAACCUUCUCUUCCUAUAUUGUUUUGAAUGCCUAAAUAAAUGGUUUGCUCAGCUUUUGAGUCUUUCUUAGCUUCUUUUCAAAAUAGUGUUGUUUCUGAUAUUCAGAUUUCAAAUACUUAUUGAUCCCCAAGCUGCCAGCUUUGGGGAAAUUUUGGGGAAUUUUGGGGAAAUUUUGGGGAAAUCCCCAAAGUGAAAUAGCCUUCCCCAAAGUUUGGGGAAGUUUUGGGGUAUUUUGGGGAAAUUCUGGGGAAAUUUUGGGGAAAUCCCAAAGUGAAAAACCUUCCCCAAUCUUUGGGUAACUUUUGGGGAAAUCCCCAAAAUGAAAUAGUUUUCCCCAAACUUUGGGGAAAUUUAGGGGAAAUCCCCAAAAUUGCCGUAGCGCAUUUUUUCACAUUAAAAUUUCAUCGACAUAAUAUAAAUAAGCCUCACAGUAGUAAAUUUGAAUAGAGAAAUUUACAUUUUAAUUCAAUACAGACUUUUGAUGAGGGAUAAUCUUUGGAAUUCCAGGUCUUGUUUUAAUACAUCAACAAUAAGUAGACAAAGAGUUGUCGGUUUUAAAGCACUUUUCAAAAUUUGAAAGCUAUGGAGGUGAGUUGUUUGCAGUGCAGGUCGGGAAAUUUGGUUGCUGUCUAUGUUCAGUUUUACUUAAGUGAAUUAUUUCUUUCAGAAUAAUAAUAGACAGCUCGAUAAGAUUGCGAAAAGGCGGGCAGCAGACACUAAAUACCCUAGGUUGUUUAGCUGUUCCCGAUCAACCUAUUACAGAAGGUUGAGGAAAAUGAAAGCACAGUUUAUAAAGAAGUGUCAGUUACCGAGCUGUGACGAAGAGACAGACAAUCCAGUUGUCGUCACAGAAUCGCGUAUUACCGUAGCUACAGAGCAGUGGGCUAAUAUUGUCACAGAUACAGCUACUGCUUCAUGUAGUCACGUCCAAUGUUCAGACAACACAAUCAACGAAAUGUCCCCAACCAUUCAUCUUUCGGUGAAAGACGAGUUAGACAAAAUGGUCAUUGAAAUGAUGAAAGGUGGUUAUAUAAGCAUAAAGAAGGCUGAUCAAAUACUGGACAUUUUUCGUGCGCGGUAUCCAGAACUUCCAACGUCCGUCAGAAGUGUUCUACGUCGAUGCAACAACGUGGAGCCUAAGAUCCUAGAUUCUGGAACGUAUUACCAUUUAGGAUUGAAAUCCAGUCUUUUGAGAAUUUCAGGACAUUGGCUUCGUCGAAUCCGUUUCAACGAAUUGCAGUUGCAGUUAAACUACGAUGGUCUAAGUUUGUUCAAAAGCUCUAACCAACAGCUGUGGCCGAUCCUAGGUCGUAUAGUAGCUCCACUAGUUAGUAGUGUUUUCGUAGUUGGGAUCUACGGUGGUGAAGUAAAACCAUCUGAUUUCAACGACAUGUCAGCAACACUUAUAACAGAGUUACAGGAGUUGCUGACAGUAGGUAUUAAUGUAGAUAAGUAUCACUUACAUUUAACAGUUAAAUUAGUUGCUGUUAUUUGUGACGCUCCAGCUCGCAGCAACGUCAAGUACAUUGUGGGACACAAUGGUAUCGCUGGCUGUGACAAAUGUCAGGUCUUAGGGACGCGAAUGGGUGGUCGAAUGACUUUCCCCAAUGGUGAACACGACUUAAGAAGUGAUGUCACUUUUCGUUGUAGGUCCCAAUCUAUCCAUCAUCGUGGCAGAAGUUCAUUUGAAAAUCUGCCAGUGGAUAUGAUUAAAUGUUUCCCUUGUGAACCCAUGCAUAUGAUAUAUUUAGGUGUUACCAAAAAAAUUGUUUCAUUAUGGAAGGAGCUAGCUCUUAAGCGACUUAAUAGGAUGGAUCAAUCAAUUAUCGCAUCAAUAAAUGAUGCACUAGACUUAUGUAGACAACACACGACAUGCGAUUUUCAACGGAAAUGUCGUUCACUUAAUGAAGUUUCUGUAUGGAAAGCAACUGAAUGUCGGUUGUUCUUAUUAUACUUAGGACCUGUAGUUCUUCAGAAUAGGUUACCAUUAUCAAUGUACAGAAACUUCCAGUCACUCUCCUUGUCUAUUUAUUUAUUAUCGCACCCUAAGUUUCAUAGCAUAUUCGCUAACAGUGUUAGGGUUUACAUUAAUAACUUUUUAUUAGGUUACGAAAGGUGUUACGGUACCGAACACUUAAUCUACAAUGUGCAUAGUUUAAAGCACAUUGCAGACGACGUUAUGGAACAUGGUACUUUAGAAUCGUUCGCAGCAUUUCCUUUUGAGUCCUACAUGAGAAAAAUUAGGCGUUCAGUACACUGUGGAUUCGCCGUGGCUAAACAAGCCGCACAGCGAUAUGCCGAAGAAGUUUACUUUCAAAGUAUACUGAAUCAGGAUAUGGCUGACAAUGUCACUGAACCUGAGGUAACUGAUAAUUCUUCCAAGCAAAUGGUCAGUUACAGGAACUCAAAGCUAUCUACUUCAAGGCCGGACAAUGUAGUUAUUGCCAAAGGUAGACCAGGGUUCGUAACAGAAAUCCGUGAUGGAGGUCUUAUUAGGUUCCGGCCAUUUCAUAGUCCUUCUGAUUUGUAUACUGACCCUUUUCCUCCAGUAGUAUUGGUAUGUUUAAGUGUUCUACCUUAAGCCACGAAUGCACGUGGAUAACACUAACAGACAUACUUUGUAAGUGCAUGUGCUUGCGCACACAACAUUAUGAGGUCAUUAUCCCUCUUUACAUACAUUCUAGUAGUAGAUGUGACAUCAUUUCUCAAGGACUGUUGCAAAUAUAGCACUUUAGCCAGUAACAGUCUGUUGGUUAGUGAUUUUGCGUCCUCCAUCAGGAAGUGUUACUGAAUUUUCAUCAAUGCAAUAUAUGUACAAUUUUUCACGCCUGCGCAUUCAUUUACAGCAUCAAAGUGGAAAGUACAUCUUAGUUGACGAUAAGGAAAACAAGCAAGUGGUCUGUAUUCCGAACAAAUGGCUCCUGACCAACAAUCAUUACCUUUAUCGUGAUGAUAUCAGUGAGCACGAAAUUGUUGAGGGUGUUGAUGUUGACAUUCGAUUCGACGUGAGAAAAUGUGCCGUUAUGCAUCGUUGUGGUAAGUUGUAAUCAAUUAACAUUUAUUGUUUUCAGACGACUACAAUGUAGCCCAGGAAUUAAAAGUGUGUUUAGCAACAGUACUGGGCUACAAUACUAACAUCGCAACUAACGAUGAAACGCAGCCUUGUGACGCUAAGAAACCAAAAAGAACUGUCAAACGAAAGCUUAAUGAUUAUCUAUGCACCUCGGAAGAACUAGAGGUUGCUGAGGUUGAGGCUGGAUUUGCCCCGGUGGAAUUUCCAGUUGUCAACAUUUCAACAGGAACGUUUUCUCCGAUUGCGAGUUCAUCGAAAGCUAACCUUUCAUCACCACCAAUUCUACGUACGUCGACUGAAGGUGAUAAACCGUAAGUUGCAUUUACUUUAUUCCUGAUAACGAAAGUUUGUGCGAUGAUACAAACAAACUGUUAAGAACGCUCCUGAAAUCGGUCAGUGAGCUGUCUACGAAAAUAGACAAAAUGCUAUUUUUGUAUGAACGCUUAGCCAUGGGUGUAACUCACGGGCGUACAGAGGAAAUGGAUAGUGAUGCAAUCACUUUCCCAUUACGAACGCAUGACGAGUUGCGUUCUUUAGAGACAGCUUUAGAGAACAAAAAUUCCGGGAUCAUUUCGUAAGUUGUAAUCGGUGUUUGAAGAAAUUUUAGAUGGGAAGAUUAUACCAUCUACUAUGUGAUGAUCUUCGUAAAUCAGCAAAAGCCUGUCUGAAAUACCUCCUUUCUCCGGAACUGGCAAACACGUACACCUUGCACGGAACCAGAAGAAAAUUCGGGAUUAGUAAAUACAAAUUUUACUCCACGGUUCAAAGUGCUUUGUGUUCACACUUCCGGAGUGCGACCUGUUCGGAAACGGAGAUCACGCACGCCAUGGCUACAGCAAGCCAGGCCUUCUUGCAUGACGCAAGAGAUAAAGUACAUAAACGUGGAUGGCGAUCCAAAGAAAGGGUGAGCUAAAACUACUUAAUUUGUUUGUUAUAAUACAUAUGUUAACUUUGUCACACAUUGUUCCUACACGUUCCCCUUCCUACUGUUUUGUAUAUUGUUUAAUACCACUUAAUAAAAUGAAGUAUUCAGUUGUAUUCCCAAUAACUGAAGUUCACUUUGGGGUUUUCCCCAAAAUUCACAGGAUGUUAAUUUUCAUUAUAUUUAUCACUAUAAUCACUGUACUUUAAUUACUGUAACAGCUUAUGACUUUGUGAUCAAUACUCAAAGUAAUAUAACUUGUCUCUUGUAUGUUUCCCUUUCAGCUGGCUUCGCAGGCUUUAUCAGACGUAACUGUAAGUUCUUUGUUCGCAUUAUUAAGAACAUUGUUAUACUGUUGGUACAUCACCAAACUUUCACAUAUCUUGACACGUUAUUAUACACUACAAAUGAUUUAUUUAUUUAUUUUUUAGAACAUUAUCAAUGACAUUUCUACGUCUACGUAAGGUGUUGCUGUUACAACGCAAUGAAAAACUUUGUACAAAUGAUUCAUUUGUAAUUUUAUUAACUGUAAUAAACAUUUAUAUAUUUCAUAAAUCAGUCUUUUGAUAAUCGCGACAAAUCGGUUAACAUUAGGUUUCAUUAGCAAUGCGCGAUUGACGAAAAGUAAUAAAACGUCGCAGUAAGAAAUGUACGUAAGCAUACUCCUAGGUCUUCCGUGAUGUCGAUAGGCUUUCGAGAAGCUUUUGCGUCAAAACAGUUUUCCAGGAAAACCCAAAGGUUUGGGGAAGCUUCCUCAAAAUGAUAUAACUAUCGUGUCCGUUCCCCUUUCACCCGGCUUCGCAGGCUUUAACAGACGUCACCAUAGUGUAUUUGUGCUUUUGUAUAUUGUUUUAUACUACUUACAAGAAUUCAGUAGUCAGUUGCAUUACCAAUAACUUCAGUUAACUUUGGGGAUU